CCAAGACCACAAUCAUUAGCGCCACUUGUCAACUAAAUUUGUUGGUUCUUUGCCAAUUCGGUUUUUUUACAGACAACUUUUAUCGAAUCAAAAAAUUGAGUAUUUACUAAUUGAUUUUAUAAAAAAUAAUUCAUCAAAUGAUAAAUAAAUAUUAAGAAAUAUUAUUAUUUACUUGGGCUAAAAACUAAGCUGUUGAUAAUUGGCAUACUGCCUAAAAAUGACGACCUCAAGCUCACGUCGUUUAAAUUUGAAGAUAGCGCCUGGGGCUGUAGUUUGUGAUGAAAGUAUUUUAAAAGGCGAAAUAAUCAUUGGUCCUCGAACGAUUAUUCACCCGAGAGCAAGUAUUUUAGCUGAAGAUGGUCCCAUAAUAAUUGGCGAAGGAAAUAUUAUCGAAGAAAUGGCCACAAUUGUUAACAGACUACCUCCUGGAACAUCUAUUGACAAUACUCCAGUACAAACUGUGGGUAAUUUUAAUGUAUUUGAAGUAGAUUCGCAUUGUGAAUCUUUGAAAGUUGGAGAUAAUAAUGUUUUAGAAGCUAAAGCACAUGUAGGUAGAAAUGUUGAAUUAACAAGUGGAUGUGUAAUUGGAGCAGCUUGUUCUAUAGUUGAUCCUGAAAUUAUUCCAGAGAACACAAUUAUUUAUGGAUCUGAAUGUCAUAGGCGGGAAAUGAACGAUAAACCAUAUCCACAAGUAGGUCAGUUGGACUUUUUAAUAAAAGUUUUACCUAAUUAUCAUCAUUUAAGAAAAUCACAUUCGAAAUAAAUUAAUGAAUAUUAAUAUUUUUUUA